AUGGCUCCACGACAGAAUGACUCGGCCCACACCCCGGUGGUCAUUAUAGGCGCGGGGUUUUCGGGCCUGGCCAUGGCGUGCCAGCUCAAACAACAGCUGGACUUCCAUGAUUUUGUGAUUUAUGAUCGGGCCCCUGAACUAGGAGGUACAUGGUAUGCCAACAGAUACCCUGGCUGCGGAGUCGACAUCCCGGCCGCUUUCUAUAGUUUAUCAUUUGCCCCCAAUCCGCACUUCUCACGAUUUUUUCCUAAGCAGCAAGAAAUUUUGGAGUACAUCAAUGACGUGGCAGAUAAGUUCAACGUGACCGAGCAUUUUGUUGGAAGUACCGAGUGGGUCGGAGCAGAUUGGCAGGACGAUAGCUGCCGUUGGUCUCUUUCGCUGAGAGAGACGUCAACUGGCCGGGUGUUUACCCAUCAAUGCGAGAUAUUGAUUUCCGCAGUCGGAGGAUUGUCAAAUCCAAAUCGGUUGUCUCUGCUCGGCCAUGACAGAUUCAAGGGGGAUAUCGUGCAUACUGCGGAGUGGGACCCCGAUAUCUCAAUUGAGCAGAGAAAUGUGGUGGUCAUUGGGAAUGGCUCAUCGUCAACUCAAUUGGUCCCAACAAUUGCGGAGAAAGCCAAGUCGGUCACCCAGUUCAUCCGGACUCCGCAGUACUACGUGCCCAGCCAGAAUUCCCCGAUUAGUAAAUACUGGAGGAAUGCUUUCCAUGGUAUACCAGGGGUUCUCAAGCUCUUUAGAGCCCUCGUGUUUCUUUAUCUUGAGUCUUCUGUCCUCCAGUUCGGCCGUACUUGGCUCGGCUCCAAGAUGAGGAACCGUGCGUCGACAGAAUGUCGUCGUUAUAUUAGAGAAUGUGCACCAGAAGAAUACUGGUCUCUAUUAUUUCCUAACUACGAGCUUGGGUGCAAGCGCAGGGUCUUUGAUAACGAUGGAUAUGUGGCUACUUUGCAUAGAGCCAAUGUUCAUGUGGUCGAUGACCCUAUUGUUUCUUUACUAGAACAAUCCGCAUUGACCAAGUCUGGGAAGGUUUAUCCAGCAGACGUCAUUGUGUUAGCCACUGGUUUCUCCCCAACACAGCAUGACGUCGACCUACAUGGUCGACGCGGGUACAGUCGAAAGGAGCAUUGGAAGCGGGCUGGCGCUAUGCAAGCGUUCAACACGGUCGCCAUGUCUGGGUUUCCUAAUUUCUUUUACUUAUUAGGGCCCAAUUCUGGCCGUGGGCAUACAUCGACAGUAUAUACCGCCGAGGUCUAUGUCAACCUAGUCAUCCGACUCAUCGAACCAAUUCUUUCACGUCAGGCCUCGUCCGUUGAAGUGAAGCGCUCGAGCGAAGAAAAUUUUAAUAGACAAUUAAGAGCCGGGCUAGAAAAGACUAUCUUGGAAAAUGCUUGUCGAAGUUGGUAUAUUGAUCCAACGACCGAGAAGAAUUGGUUUAUCUACCCCUGGAGUUCUAUAAAGAUGUGGCUCUCAGCCCGUUCGGAUAUCACAGAGGACUGGAUAUACCAGGUAAGUGCUCAACCACCUAUAGCCCCGAUACCAUGCUUGAUGGCGAGACUCACAGGUGCUCCUUCAGCCUCCAGUAAUAGAUUCGUCUCACCAGAAAGAGCCUAG